UUCAUUUUAUUUCUCAUUCUCUUCGAACAAAAAAGGAAAAGAGGAAAAGAGUGAGGAAAACAUCGAGAAUUUAAUACAGGCUACAGAAAAUCCCCGAUUCUUUCAGAUAACCUCUGAGACCAAUCCGUUUGAAGUAGAUUUACAAUAAUCAGAGAGACAGAGGCCAUGGGCGCCACCGGCGGCGACGUGGAGGCCGGCUUCGCGAAGCUCCAGGGGGAAGACUUCGAGUACUACAUGCAGACCUAUUCCAUCAUCCUCGGCCGCAACUCCAAGAAGUCCACGGUCGAUGUCGACCUCUCUAGCCUCGGCGGGGGCAUGAACAUCUCUCGCCACCAUGCCCGCAUUUUCUACGACUUCGCCCGCCGCCGCUUUGCCCUCGAGGUUCUCGGUAAGAACGGCUGCUUCGUCGAGGGCGUUCUCCACCUCCCAGGAAACCCUCCCGUAAAGCUCGACUCCCAGGACCUCCUCCAGAUCGGAGACAAAGAGUUCUACUUCCUCUUGCCCAUUCGGAGCAUCCUCGGUGGGCCUCUCGGCCCCAGGCAUUUUGUGGGCGCGGCGGCAGGGGCCGGGGCCUCCGCGGCGCAUUACGGGAAUUUUCAUCUGGCGGGUCCCACGGCGGCAUCUGCGGUAAAGAAAGGGAGAGGUAGGGAGUUUUACGAGGAGGAGUACGAUGACGAAGAUGAGAUUGGUGGCAGUGGUGGGAGUGGGAAGAAGUUGAGGAGAGAAGCAUUUGAGGGGUACGGGUUCGGCGCGGGAGGUUUGGGUGGUAAGACCGGCUUGGCCGGAGUAUUGGAGAAGAAAGUAGAUGGAAGAUCAAGGGUUGACCGAGAAGCUGAUAAUCAUCAACUUCUGCAGUUGGAAGAGAAGGAUGUGGUAUCAUCAGUAGCUACUGCACUCUCAGAUAUUUGUGGUCCUGGCGAAUGGAUGCCUAUGGAGAAACUUCACGCAGUGUUGGUGGAUAAGUAUGCUAAUGUCUGGCAUCAUAGUCGAGUAAGGAGAUAUCUCACAUCCGAGGAUUGGCCUGGUCCUGAAUCCAAGGGGAAACCUUGGUACGGCUUGCUUAUGUUGUUAAGGAAAUAUCCCGAACACUUUGUCAUCAACACUCGGUCCAAGGGUCGGAUUACAUUGGAGUUUGUCUCUCUUGUCUCUCUGCUUUCAUGAGAUAAGGAGGCAUCUAAAGGCGCUUCCCUGAUGCUGAUAACUUAUUGUGAAGUUCAAUGGAAAAGUGAGAAAAAUGGCAAAUCCUCGACGUUGUUGCUAUUGUUGUGAAAUAUGGUCAGGCACGGGUAGUUAGUCAGCUUUAGAUAGGUGCCAGUUGCACACAUGUAAAUGACAAGCAUAAAUAUGAAUUAUUUUGCUGUUGAUUGAAGC